AUGGCGGUGUGUGAAGUUUACGCACAAACUGUCAAAUUUAAAUAUAAAAGUACAAUUUGUUCGAAAUCAACAAUUUUUUCAAUUUUAUCAACAAUUUUAAGUUUUUUAUUACCUUUUCUUAUAGCUUACAGGAGUCACGGAUUUUGGAUGAAGCAUUCUGUAUUCCGAGAGCAACCGAAAAUACGUUUCAAGCAUGAUUAUGUUGUUUUUAUAGAAACAGAUAAACCUAAUAAGCCGAUUUUAUGCAGUAAUUUACCUUUAACUCAAGACUUCGAUAGAUGUUCUAUGAUCAAAUCGAGAGAAGAGGAUAAUAAUCAUGAUGGAAAAUUUGAUGAGCUUUUAUUAGAAAUUGAAGUUGACAUACCUUCUAAUACAGGAGUUUAUUCUGUUCAAGUAAUUUUAUUAUUUGAUUAUUUACUUCAGAAACAAUGUUUACUUCAAAUGGAAAGCUUAGGUGUGGUACAAUACAAUUCUGGAUUGCCUGGUUAUAAAUUAGAUUUUACAGGUGAUUUGAAAAUAAUACAAAAUAAUCUUUUGACGACAAGAGGUAGUCACACGAGAUAUAAUCAUUCGAUAUUUAUCACGAAAUACGAUGAUGAUGAAGAGCCUGAAUUUAAUUUUAAUCGAGUUAUAAAUAGUUAUGCUAAAAGAUCAGUAAGCACAAAAUUAAAAAAUAAAUACUACACGUGGUCUUCUGGAAUUCUUUUGGACGAACCAUUUAAAAUAAACAUAAAUAUAAAUUAUCCGGAAGAUACGAUUAUGUAUAAACCAAUUAAAGAAUAUGUUUUUUCCAAUCAUUUAUUUCCAUCGAUGAAAGAAAUCCCCUGGAAAAAAAAUUACUGA